GAAAUUUUAUCAAAAUUAUUAUCAGUCAACUGACCAGCUACAGAAUACAUUCAAAUCAUUGCAAUGCUUAAACUUAUUUGCAUUUUCGCUCUCGUUAUCGUGGCCACCUGUGAGGCACAGAAAUGUCGUCCGGUAUGCAGGCCCAGGGUAAGCAGUCCAGCUGUUUGUGCCGCCGAUAAUCAACAGCAAAUGUGCUUCCGCAUCAGUCAAUGUCAGUUGGAUGAGGAGAAUUGCCGACGACGGGCCGCCAAGCGACCAACCAUUUCCAAUGUCGAUCCAAUACGUUGCCGCAACAUCAAAUCACCCAAUGGCAGAGGUAAAUGUGCCCCCGCUCAUCCCCGCAGUCCACGCUCAGCAACACCAAACUGUAAUCGUUUGAAAUGCCGCAGCCCCAGCAAGGUGUUGAGAUGUUAUCGUUCCAAAAAGAAUAACUGUCAGCUAUUGACCGCCUGUCAAUUGCAACGCGUCAAUUGCCAACGUGGCCGAUCGAAUUUGUUGAGCUGGACUGAUACUCACCGUUGCGCUGGCAUGAAAGCUGGACAGAAAUUGCAAAAAUGUAAAGCUCUUCCCAAAAGGGGUUAAGAAGUAAUGUGGAAUUUUACGUCCAGGAUAUUCAGGCUGAUGUUAAGUUAUUAAACGAUUUGAAAAACUUACGGUGCUAUAUUAAUUGAAUAUGGAACUAUUUUGAUUUUUAAGUGUUUAAUAACUCAGGCACUGAUCUGAUAAU